GCAAAUGGAACCGUUACGAGUCGGUUUCAACCGAUAGCAGCCAGGAGAUGGUCGGAGAUGGCGUUUCCGAAUUCCGCCGACGAGACGAUGCCGAGCUUCACGACGCCGCUCGAGCUCGAUGAGGACCGCGAGGCCGCCGUGACGCCGGCGCCGCUGAGCAUGAGCCCCAACAAGAUCCGCAUGCGCAUUGACGCCGCCAAGGAGCAGGCCAAGGUCGUCAACUCGGUGUACGAGCAAGGCGAGGUGAUCCACUGGAUGAGCGUGCGCAGCCCGGACCUCGUGGCGUUUGGCCGAAGCCUCGAGCAGCGCGGGUUCCGGACGCUGGGCAGCAUUGCGUUUCUGACCGAGGACGACCUGCCGCCGGACGUGAGCCCGGGCCUCAAGCACACGCUGCUCGUGGCGCUCGCGGAGCUUCGCCAUGAGCUCUACCGCAUGUAAUUAGAGUCUUUGUUGUAUUUAUACCUACACCUCUUCUCUAU